AUGUCUGACAAGGUAAUAGCAGAUCUAUGUUUAGAGUUUGAAAAGAAACUACGAGUUCCUGUCGAACCUGAGAAGUAUAAUGAAGCUCUAGACGAAAUAUUUAUGAAUGAUAUUGAAGGCAUUGAGAACAUAGGCUCAAAGCAAGUAGAAACCGUACUAUCAAGAGCCUACCAAGCUCAUAGUUCAUCACGAGUUUAUCUACACGAAUUAAUCUUAAAAGAUAUACCUAAAUCAUUGAAUUUAUUUGAAAGUUUAUCAAUACAAACGGUUCAUAUUCUUAUUGGUUCAUUUGAAACUGCAAACGACACAAUUCCAUUGAUAAAGGAACUCAAGGACAGAAUACAUUACGGUGAAGAUACACACCCAAAAUAUUUAUUGAGUUGCAUAGUACAAUCGUUAAACAAGUAUUCAUAUGCAUGGGAUCAAAUAGAAUUCAUUGUAAGGGAUGUAUGUUUAAGAAUGGGAGAGCCUGAUUUCAAAUCUAUAGGGUUAAUAAUAUUCACCUUGUUACAAGAAUCCUUUGAAGAACAAUUCUAUAAAAAAUUUACAAAUAUUAUUGAUUCGUUAAUAUUGGAAGCGGAAGCUGAUGUUGGGAAUGACCCAUUAUCAUUGAUUGUAGAGAUAUUUACUGAAUUGUAUCCUGCCUUAACAAAUAUAUGUUCUGAAUUAUUCUUGGGAAGUGAAUUAGAUAAACUUUUUAAAGAAAAGGCUAUGCAUAAUAAUGAGGAUGAAUUUAUUAAAAAAUUAUUGAAAUUACUAUCUGUGGCAUGCAUCGAUGAAAAUGUAAGAAAUUUCAUUGCAGAAAACUAUCUUGAUAUGUUGGAAAGAUCUUUAAAAUUAGAACAAUUUAAGACUUAUUCUGCCGUGGUACUAAUUAAAACAUGGUCAUUUACGAAACUAAAGGGGGUUACAAUUGGUGAUUUAGGUACUACCUUAACAGAUAACUUCUUGAUGAAUUUAAAGAUUGAUGAUGGACAGUCUUUAAAUGAUGAGUGUGUCAUGUGUAUCGAAGGAUUAGCAUAUCUAACUCUGAAGAAGCAAAUGAAGAUGACGCUUAGAUAUCAUGAGGAGUUUUCUACAACAAUUAUCAAUUUACUCAAGAAGCAAGAUACACCUGUGGAUGAUUCCGUUAAGUAUGGUAUAUUAGUCAUACUUGGCAAUAUAAGCACAUACCCUAUGGAUGUUACCAUGGAUGGUGCAAUGGAUCCUCAGGCUCUACAAGACUUGAAAACUUAUUCUGAAUUAAAGAGCCCCAAGAAACGUGACGCCAAUGAUGUUAUUGAGAAUAACGAGGAUGUUACCAGAUAUAUUCAAAAAUAUAUUUUGAAAACUGAGCUAUUAUCUUACUUGAGAACGAAAUUGGCUGAAGUAAGUCCUGGUUCUAGACAGCAAAUUAUAAGGAUCAUCUAUAAUCUUACUCGUGCAAGAGAGAACAUUAGUGCAUCCGUAGAACAAGGUUGUGUUGUAACUGUUAUUGAAUAUUUAGCGAAUAAGAAAGAUAAAAAAGAGCCUACUAGACUUCUCGCAUUAAGAUCGUUAACUAAGAUGUUGACAUUAUCAGAUCCGAAAUUGAUAUUUAACAAGUACUCCAGGCUCACAGCCAUUCCUUUUUUAUAUGAACUAUUACAAACCCCAUCGUUGUCUGCAGAAAAUCCUUUAAGUACCGAUGAACUCAUAACAACGCAGGAUUCAUAUGAGGCUCUGUGUGCAUUAACCAACUUGGCAUCCACAGAAGAUAGUAAUGCCGAUGAUGUUUGUAAGCAGGUAGUUACUGAUGUGAAUUAUUGGUCUAUCAUUGAAAAUUUAAUUCUUGAUGAUAAUAUUCUAGUACAAAGAGCAACCUUGGAAUUAAUUGCUAAUUUGAUGUGUUAUCCCUUAUCCAUUGCGGCCAAGAUAUUUAAUUUUGAGAAUCCACAAAGUUUGAGAAAUUUUAAUAUCUUAGUAAAGCUUUUAGAAUUGAAUGAUGUUGCCGCUCAAAGAGCCGUAGCAGCUAUUUUCGCUAACAUUUCAAGCUCUGUACCUUUGAUUGCACAAACUUUGCUAGAUAAGAAAGAGUUGAUUGAGAAGGCUACAGGAAUAUUUGCAGAACAGAUCGAUGAUGAAGCUUUGAGACAGAGAUUGUUUGUCUUUUUCUUUAGUUUAUUCGAAUUGUUACCAAGUAAAGAGGAAGAUAGCAGGAAAUUUGAUUCGUUAACAAGAAAUACCAACUUAAAAAUGACAUUGGAGUCCUUGAUGAAACGUGACGAUAUAGAGCCGGAAUAUUUAGAAGCUAUCCCAGCGAUGUUAAGCAAAUUUUACGUCAAAUAA